AUGUUGCGUCCUACCCCUGAAAGUGAUGCUGCUGAGCAUCUACAUUUCAUGUUUUCUAGACGUUAUUUAUCAUUUGGGCCGGAAGAGUUUUGUAUUGUCUCGGGACUUUACAUGGGCCAUUUUCCUAUUUCAAGGAUCGAAUUUUCAACCAUUUAUAAUCACAGAUACGGUGAUAAUACAUUUCGGUCCAAAGUCUUCCCGUGUCGCACGGCCACUACGUUACUUGUAAAACAUUUAGAGCUACUUAUCUUGAACCGACGGUUCAAUGAGAUAUCGACUGACGAUGUUGUCCGUGCGAUUUUGCUAUAUAUCCUCAAUCAAGGUUUUUUGGAAAAAGAACCCAAAGACAAAGUCACGAAGAAAAUUUUGUGGGUGGUGGAGAACCUGGAUAAAUGGAACAUGUAUUUAUCAAUUUAA